UUCCUACCCCUCACAUCAUGCUAUUCCUUCUCCGUCCGGAUCCUUGGAAAUGCGCACACUGGCCUCAUUCAAGGAAGAAAUAAAGGAUUCGGGAAAAACACUACACCUGCAUGAAUAAAGCAGCGGAUGCUGACAGAAGAAACAGAGGAGGUGUGAUACAGGAGAAUUGGAGAGGGAUCCUGUGGCUCUGCUCCUAAUCCACAUGCACGGUGUGCAAGAGAAACAUAUUUUUUGGUGAAUCAUCUACGGUUGCACCAUAUGACCAUCUGGCAUGAAGGAUAACUGAAGCUGCGAAGAUGGACCACCAAAAACGAAGAAGCAGAGCAGCUCUUAGUGUAAUCACCGUGACCUGAAAACAUCACCUAUACUCAUUAAAAAAAGAUAAGAGCGGAUUAAACAUUCAUGUUCGUGCACGUCCGUGCGGCUUUCCAUCAGGUUUUCGGUCUCGGGACGAUUUUGUAAGAAAGGGAUCUUCACACAUCCAGGUCUUCAUGUAGGUCUCAUUCACUCAUCGUCCAUUUUCAUAGAGCAAUAAUAAUAUUUAUAAUAAUUAUAAUAACAGUAAGCACUUCACCGGAAUGUAUCAACAACGUGAAACCAAAGACAUGUAAAAAAAAAGUUGUGCAAUCCACGCUUUUAAUCUUCCAUUCUCAAUCUGUCACUGUGCGAUAUCUUUUUUUUUCAUCUCCAUUAUCUUCAUCUUCUUCUUCUCAGGUCAGUCGGAUUUUCCUUUCUCACGUUCGCCGUCUCCAAUCGCUCGUCUUCCGGGCUAUGCACUCAUCUCUGACUUUCUCUUUCCCUUAAACAUCACAAACCUCAAAACGUCACAAGAAGUCUUCCAUUACGGACAAGGACGGCACAUCACAUGUAAAGUGUAAGGUGUAACGAUCGAUUUCUGAUCAGAGAAUUUAAACGAGCAGCUGUGUUUUAGGCUAGUAAAACUAGCAACACGACGCUAACAAACAAACGAGAGAGUCCCGUCAUUGCAAAAUUUUUAAGCAAACAAAAAAAAAUUUAUCCGUAUUCGGAAACUGAUCGACGAGCGGCGCUUAUCUGCUAAGCGUCUCGUGAACACGUUGUCGCUAGAGGUAGCUUUGCUAACAGAAGGAAACGUAAAAUAAGGGAUCGUGAGCGCUCCUGGACCACGUGGAGAAAGUGCACACUGCAUUACUGUGGGAGAGUCGUCUGCCCCUGAAAUCCACCGGACGCACACGGAGACCGUCUCAUCUACAACAGCGUGUGUCUGAGUGUGUGUGCGUGUGUGUAUACGUGUGUGUCCUUUUCCUCAGUGAAGAUGACUGCGGUCCAGGUGAUGUGGCUCCCGCUGCUGCUGCUGUUCGUCCUACACGCUCGGCUCGUCAGCCCAGCAUGUGUGGAGGUCGACUCGGACACAGAGGCCGUGGCAGGAAAAGAGUUCAAGCUGGGCUGCAUUUCCUGUAAGAUGCGAGGCGAGGUGGAUGCCUCGGCCACCGUCGACUGGUGGUUCAUGGCGAAAGGAGAGCGCGAGUUUACCCACAUCUACAGCUACGCCGACAUGUCCGGCGAAGUGAUGGACGAACGCUUCGCGGGGCGUGUCGAGUGGGCGGGCAGUAAAAACACGCUGGACCUGCAGGACGGAACUCUAAACAUCCUCAACGUCACUUACAAUGACACCGGGACGUACCGCUGCUACUUCGACCGCACGCUCUCGUUCACCUUCUAUGAGCAUCGCACCAACGCCACCAAGUUCAUCACCAUCAACGUCGUGGCCAAAGAGACCCGUGGCAUGGCCUCCAUCCUGUCGGAGGUGAUGAUGUACGUGUCUAUCAUCGGGCUGCAGCUGUGGUUAUUGGUGGAGAUGGUUUACUGUUACAGGAAAAUCGCCGCUGCUGGAGAGGAAGCGCUGAGAGAGAGCGCGGCCGAGUAUUUAGCCAUCACGUCUGAGAGUAAAGAUAACUGCACCGGCGUGGCUGUGGCCGAGUAACAUACACAUCCACGCACACAAAUAUACACAGGAAAAUUCACUUUCUGACUCUUUACCACAAAGACCUUCACCUGGUUUCCCUUCACCAUGGAGACGAUCUGCACCUGACCUACCUUCACCUGGUUCACUUUGUCCCUGAAAUCCAUCCUUCCUUCCUCCCAGGCUGUGGCUUCCUCCACGAGCACGAGGAUGUGUGUGUUUAAACACAGUCCACACACGGGCAGCGUUUCAUUUCACCAAAGAGCCCCCAAUAGUGCACUGAAGUACAGAGACGUACAGACUGAAUGCCAGCAGGGGCUCUGACGAAUAAAUACAAAUAAAUUAACAAAAUAAAUAUAUAUCUGGUAUAAGAGCACAGCAUGAAUACUGUAAAUGUAUCCUUCACAUAGACACAGUCGAUCGUAUAUACAACUCGAGCUGUACAUACAGUAUGUAUCUGAACCUUUUUUUUUCAUUUCCACGGGCGCAAUUUAUAUGCAACUUACGGAAGUGUUAAUGAGCAUCAGGCACGUUAACCGUCUUCACUUUAAACAUCAGAUUUAUAAAUGUGACCGAAUGCUAACACGACGAUGCUAAAGUAGCUAACCUUUUGCUACAUGACGUUAAAGGGAUUCUUCUUUUCUCUCACCAAGGCUAACAAUGAACGAAAGCUAACACUGCCUAGCGAACUUCUUGCUUAGCUCACCGAUGGGAAUUAGCUUGAGUAACACUCGAUAGCCAUGUUAGCAUAUUUGAGACUGUAGAAUGGUUUGAUUACAAUCAACUGCAGUAAAUGAAAAAAAAAAAAUCAUAAAGAAAUGCUAGCAAGUCUCUCUCUCUCUCACACACACACACACACACACACACAAACACACAGAACAUAGUGUAGAGAAUGUGUGUAGGAAAAUGCUAACGCCCUACAACAUGAUGCUAAUGUCUCAGUCAGCUGUCUCAGUUAAGGGAUAUUUCAACUUUGUGAAAAAGCUAUAUAGCUAAACAAAAAAAAAAAAAAAAGCGUACACUGCCAAUUAGCAUGAUUGUAGGGUUACACCUGUUAAGACUAAUGCUAAUAACAUUCUGGUAAUUUAUGCUAAUGUAGCGGAACUCCCAGUUCAUGUCUGACAGGCUAAAACAAACCACAGCUAGCACUGCAAGUUAGCAUGUUAUUAAUUAGCAUAACCAUUCACAAGGAGCCUUUUCUAAGUGCUAGCCAUGUUAGCUUGACCCUGGUUUAACUAUCCCUUUAAGCAUAUUUUCACAUUUGUAUGACCGUAUAAAUCAGAUUACAAGCUAAAAAGAAUCUUGAGCAGCUAGCAUCUAGAAGUUAGCAAUUAGCCUAAAGCUACAUGCUGCUAGUUCCUUCAGUGGGACUUGCACACAUACAUACAAGUGUGUCUGAAGGUGAACCCAUUCGAGCACCCGGAUGGGACUUGUUGGUGAGAAGUGUAAUGCUAAUAAUGUUAGCUGUGUAAAAUCUAACAGGAAGCUGCAUGAUACUGAGAUCUGAAAUUGUAAAUCCGUACACGAGUCUUUUAUUCUGCAUGAAACAUUCCAGUGCGAAGAAAAAAAUAAAAUAAAAACACGAAAAAUUAUCUUGAUGAUGUUGUUUGGUGGGGGUGCCAGCAAGGGGCGCUGUAACACUGCCACACCCUCACUGCCUUUACACACACACACACAUACACGGAUACACACACGGCUAUGUGCUGGUAACGGGUUCAUGAGUCACCUUAAUCUGUUCAUCUGCGUCUGUUUUAUACAAAUUUUGGGAAUAAUAUAAUAUACAUACGUUUGGGAAUAAGAGCAAGAUAUUACUGUUCACAUGUCGCUAAAUCUUCUUGUGCGCAAACGAUCGCUUGUGGCUUUGUACAUCACUAGCGUGAACACAGUUUUGCGCUCUUCUGCUUACAGCGUUUAGCGUUUCCUCUUAAACAUGUGAAAGAUUCAUGUUUAGCUAACUGCUAGCUGUCUUAGCUAUCACAGAGCCAAGUUAGAUCGCUGUGUGUUAAGCUUCCCGUAAGAGUGCUGGCUGUUGCUAAGCACUGCUAAUGUCUGUUAAGUUUCUCAAACUAGCCAAGCUAGUUAGCUAGGUUUAUGAAGUGAAGCUAGCUAUAUGUAAUGCUAACUGAUGACCAGCACACGCAGGAUAAGCUAAUGAACAGGGACAGUUUUAUAGCCGAGCGAAACAGAUUUUGAUCUCAGACUAAACUCACUAGUGAUUCAUAAGAUUUUUAACCGCGCGAUCAUGUGGUGAGAAACGCUAACGUUUUGGGUCACUGUGAUAAUAAACAACGUGUUAAAUGUUCAUCACGUUCAUCAGCCUCACCGUUACAGUCUGUAGAAGCAUCAAAAGGAGCUGAUAAAACCAGUAACGGGUUAGCUAACCGCUCUCUGCCUGUUAGCAAAGUUAGCAUGAGUGUUGAUGUAAUGAGAGUUGGGCUGCUCACACACACACACACACACACACACACAGUUUUCAGCCUCAACACACCGAUCUAACGUAUGCACUUCAUGUAUAAAUAAAAAUGUUGCUUGCAAAAUAAAUAAAAACAGACUAUAGUAAAUAAAUAAAUGAAUAAAUAAAUAAAUAAUUAAAGUGUC